AUGCCCGCCUACGACGACAACGAACUUCACACCCCAAACUCCCCCAGCACCCUUCGCAAGAUGUCCAACAUGAGCAACGGCGAGGGCAACGGCGAGCGUAACGGCGACGGCCACCACGACAGCCUCGCCAUUCCCGGCGACGAUGUCAACGGCCCUCAGGAGAUCCCCGCUACCAGGUCCUCCAUCUCAGAGGCCGCAAAGUACAUGCACAACCUCAGCGUCUCUCCCUCGAUGAGGGACCGACGAUCCUCCCGAAACUCUUUCGGUACUGCUCUGCCUAUCCCCCGCAAGCGUCAGUCGCGCCUCUCCUCCGUUCACCAUGCCGACGGACGACCCACCCGUCCCGGCAUGCCCCCGAUUCAGCCUACCCGAGACCUCCUCGUUGCUCAGGUCCAGGACCUCCAGGCUGAGAAGGUCAAGAAGGCUAAGAACAUGGCCUUUGCCUUUGACAUUGAUGGUGUUCUCGUCCACGGUGAUCGUCUGAUCCCCGAGGGUAAGAAGGCUCUUGAGAUCCUCAACGGAGACAAUGAGCUUGGCAUCAAGAUCCCUCACAUCUUCCUGACCAACGGAUCUGGUAAGAUCGAGAAGGAUCGCUGCGCGCAGCUCUCCAAGAUCCUCGGCAACCCUGUCGAGACCGAUCAAUUCAUCCAGUCUCACACCCCCAUGAGUGCUUUGGCUGAGUACUACAGCACCGUCCUCGUCGUCGGUGGUGAGGGUUACCGCUGCCGUGAGGUCGCUGAGCAGUACGGCUUCCGCAACAUCGUCGUCCCCAACGACAUUGUCGCCUGGGACCCUACCGUUGCUCCCUACCGCGUCUUCACCGAGGAGGAGCGUGCCACCUCUCGUCCCCGUGACUUCACCAAGAUCUGCAUCGAGGCUAUCAUGGUCUUCUCUGACUCGCGAGACUACGCUACCGACAUGCAGAUCAUCAUGGAUGUCCUCCGCUCAAAGAACGGCCGCCUCGGCACCGUCGCUGAGGACCCCGUUGCUGAGCGCGUUCCCAUCUACUUCUCUCAGGGCGAUCUUCUCUGCCCUACCGAGCACCCUUACCCUCGUAUGUCCCAGGGCGCUUUCCGCAUCGGUCUUGAGGCUAUGUACAAGGCUCUCACUGGUGCUGACCUCGAGCGUGUCGUCUACGGCAAGCCUGAGUUGGCUACCUACAAGUACGCUGACGAUGUUCUGACCUCAUGGAUGGGCGAGCUCCACGGCGAAGAGCGUCUUCCCGAGCACAUCUACAUGAUCGGAGAUAACCCCGCCUCCGACAUCAUCGGUGGAAACAUGUACGGAUGGAACACCUGCUUGGUGCGCACUGGUGUUUUCCAGGGCGGAGACAACGACGAGAACAACCCCGCCAACUUUGGCGUCUUCCCCAACGUUCUGGAAGCCGUCAAGAAGGCUCUCCGCAACGAGCUCGGCCAGGACUUCAAGUGCUUCUUCGACGAGAAGAUCAACCCUGUUCUGCACGGUGACGCUACCGAUACCGCCGCUGUCGUCUAA